UGCCGAGCGGGCAUGUCGUCAUGACGCCGAUGUCGUCGCUCCUGUGGCUUCUGCUGCCCGCUGUGUUCGCCGGCGUCGCAGACGCAACGGAGGCCAACCUGACGUGCUACCAGUGCGUGCGGCAGGACUAUGAAGAAUGUGGUAACGACACGCUGCUGCCGUGUCCGCCGACCAAGGACCGCUGCGUCACGCACAUCGCCAAGGACAAGGAGAAGGGCCUGGUGGUGAAACGAGAGUGCGGCCUGGGGCCGUGCGGCUUCGACGACAGCAGCAUGAACCGCGGGCUGGGCCUGGACGGCUGCGACCGCUCCAAGGACGAGUUCUUCUGCCUGUCGUGCUGCACCACCAGCGGCUGCAACAAGAGCGCCGCCCGCCGGCCGGCCGCCUCGCCGCCGCCGCUGCUCCUGUCGCUGCUGCUGGCGCCGCCCCUGCUGCUGACGUCACUCCGCUCCCUCGGUCCCUGCGAGGCCGUCGGCGGCGCGGCCUUCUAGGGUCCCUCGCGCGCCGCGCUCCGCUAGGGAGGCGCCGCUACCGGAACUUCACCUGCCGUCUGCCCGCAGUCGCCGCACCGCCAGACUCGGCUACACCUCAGUGUGGCCGGUGCCGGGACAACCCGAGUUAUUCCCUUCAGCAGCGUUAGAAUGCAGCACUGUUGCACUGAGGCUUGGAUUAGACGUCGACAUCAGCCGUAGCUAGCUCUCAUAGCGCCGUGCUAUUACCGCAGUCGUGUACACAUCCUACCGACGAACAGAAUUUCUGUGUUAGAUUGUAAACAAUUACAACAUCAGUGUGCAUGUGUAGUCUCGGUUGAUGGAAUUUACCAUACGUUUACAAAUUUUUGUGCCAAACAGAUUACUUAAAAUUUUAAAGACUCAACUCUUUUACAAAGGAUAGUAUUUAUCCGCAGAGUUACCUGAAGGCUUAUUUAAACGUGCAGUCCUCGUAGUUAGUCAUUUCUGUUGUGGAUCUGCAAGCAAUACUACUAACCUGUUGCCUGCCCAUUACACUAAAUUGGCCACACCUGGUCGUGAAUGUGAUCGCGAAAUCAUUGUCUUUCCAUCAUCGUACGGUGUUGUACCUGUGCCUGCACCUUCAGGCAUCAUCAGCUCAUAUUUUUAACGUGCUGUAUAAAAUUUUCUCCUUGGGUCUUCAACUUCAUUAAGUCACUGGCUACCGAUGUUUCGAGUAAGGGACUUUUUGCCAUCCUCAUCUGCGUGACGACACUCUACAGAUUUGGUGGGAAAAUCUCCGUUAGCACGCCACUUUUAGCAUUGGGGUCGGUUGCAAAGGACGUAGUUCAGUCCAAAGUUAUCCUCAACGGUAUCCUUCGCUGUUCCUUCGGGUCCGAUUCCGGGAAUAGUACAGUGACAAUAGCCACCUUGAGAAAGAACGUGAUCUUAUCUGUUCAUAUUUAUGCUUUUGUGACCGUCGAAUCACUUAUCUUGUAUUGUCAAAACUUCGGCAUUUCACGUCGAUUUGCGUUAUUCUGAUCAACGUUUCGUUUCGUACUACGUAUCAGUACCUGCCGUUAGAGGACCAUCACUGUUGACGCGGACGCUGAUUGUAUUUACGCAUUUUUCCAUUAGUCGGUAUACAGUCCAGUUACAUGCUGCAGCAGAGAUUUAUAUUUGUCAUCUAUACUCUUAAAACUACAUUAUUUUCGAUAUACUUUAAAUAAACGAAAGUGCUAAUUGCUGACUUAGGCCAGAAUUUGUAUCUCCCAACAUGUAAUGCAUAUUUUACUAUUGCAGUACCUCUCGAAUGCCCCUGUGUACUAUGUGCUCCAGCAUCCCCAUAUCCGUAUAUCAUUCAAACUUACACUUUCCAGUUUUCAAGCUGGACUCUAUUGUGGUGGGCAGACCAAUGGCGCCGAGUUUCUGCGUGGGCCUUAAGGAUGUCUUUACAUAGCAUUUGUGUAAAAUCUCACUCAUCUCCAUUGUGCUAGACUACUAACCUGUUGCCUGCCCAUCACACUAAAUUGGCCACACCUGGUCGUGAAUGUGAUCGCAAAAUCAUUGUCUUUCCAUCAUCGUAUCGUGUUGUAUCUGUGCCUGCGCCUUCAGCGAUAUCCUUUCUCAGCAUAGACUCUUUUCGCCUUGUUCCCGUUAUGGUCUAGCCUCCCGUAUUCAUUUUCGUGUCCACUAAAGAGUAUCCAUCGCUCUGAGAAUAUACUUUAAUUAUUGUAGGCAAUCGGAGGCAAACACGUAAGCCAGAGACCCCGUAAGAUCAUCAUCUGCCACAUUAUCAUUCCUCGCCACCACACAAAAAUUAAAUGGGAUAAACAAAUAUCUAAUUUGAAAUUACGCACGAAUGUGUAGGUUAUAUUUUCACUCAAUAUUAUUACCAUCUCAAACACGAGCAGUUGAAGUGUUUAUCCAGACCGAAGACUUAAGCAAACCUUAUAUGAAUUCUAGAGUCCAUGCGUAAUAGAACAGUUGUCUAGAUGGGCAAUUCUACUCUCGCCAAUGCCACACAAUUACAUCUGCUGCUACAUUCCAUUUAGCCCUGGAAAGUAUGUUCCCAGUUCCGUCAUGAUCGUUGGAAGCAGAAAGAAGAAACUUUCGCCGCGACAAAACUGCUCAUUAAUCGAUCGGACGAGCGCGGUUGUUUGCUGCGAGCGUGCAGCAAUCUACUGAUCGGGCAGAUGAUUUAAGUACUCACAGACGAUCGUGUGACAACGUAUUGGGACCCUGACGUGCUAGAAAAUUAACCUCUGGUCCUCUUCCUCUGCUUCGAGUUGUGGUAAGACUAUCAUGUUCUCCAAAGAUGCUAAAGUGAACCUCUCAUGCCAGCACACACGCUUUGAAAUGACAGCACGGAAACUUACAGUUUCUCUCUCCAGAAAAGAUGAGAACAUUAUUACCUUAUGGUUGGCUUUGGUGGAAAUACAGCCUUCUGAAAUAUUAUUGUAACUUGUAAUCACCUUGCACUUUCAUUGUGGCUAUUCACCAUGCAGCGGUAACGGAUUGCGUAUCUGAGCCGCGGUAAACUUCCGUACAACUGUGGUGUUUGGUCCCGCUUUCAUCACAAUAAUAAAUUAUAACUAGAAGCAGUAUUCGUAAUCUUACAUUUUCAAAACAGAAUAACCCAUCCUAAAAGUGAUGGCACCAGUUUUCAUUGCAGUACCAAGGUGAUAAUUUAUAGUUGUCACUUUCGUAGAUCUCUCUGCUCAUCCUUUGACGAGCACUUGUCCAGUAAAUAAGCAGACCUCUGGCUACUAUUGUGUCGAAAACAUGCGAACCGUCAAGUAAUUUUGGUAAGACCGAUUGUAAGACAGUCAGCAGUAAAAUAAGACAACAAAACCAAAAGCUUGAGAAAACUGCAAACUCUUCAACCAACCAUUUGUUUGUGGCUGUGUACUUUUGCUGCAACUUGUGUCGGUGUGGGAGUGGGGAGCCAUCGCACCCGACUAUACUCCGCUGUCGAAGCUUUACAUAAAUGUCUUCCGUCAUUUUGCAGUCACAUUUUCAUUUCAUGUUCACCUGUAAAAUAAGCAACCGCAUCAUUUAGAAUCCAAAUGUAUGAGCACAAAACAACAACGAUCUCUCUACGCCCCACAGAAAUUUGACAUAUAUAUGUGACUACAUAUUAGGUUAGCGCAGAAAGAUCCUGUAAAUAAUAUUAAACAUUUUCGGUUACUUGUUAUAUAAAUUAGAAUACCAGAGGGAUGUAAAUGUCAAGUGGACGAAAGUUUAUCUCUGUACCGUUCAUUAUUAAAUAUUAACAUUUCAUAUAUACAGUCAUCCAAAAUGCAGAUCUGUAAGUCCUCGCUUUUGAAAUGAAGAUUCUUGAUUUCGUUUGUUUGAGAUGUUCCGUGUUUUUAAUUAAGAUUAAACCAAAGAACUUUUGAUAAAUUUUUCUUCUAACAAUGUCAAGUCCUUUCAUUCACGAUACUGAUGGGAAUAUUUUCUAUAAAAAAGCGUUUGUCAUUCCAUUUACUUAAGUGUUACAGUUAAUAUCUACUCUUGUAAUAUAUAUAGUUAAUACUUACGAUAACUGAUACUAAAGCAAUA